AUGCCGGGCCGCUGCGGCAUCUGCACGCGCGGGCCCGACACGCCCCCGCCCCCGCCCGCGUCGCCCGUGGCGGCCAGCAGGCGGCGCAGCGGCGCGGGCCGCGAGAACGGGCUGACGGGCUGCGCGGGCGGGCCGGCGUCCAUGAGGCCGGCCUCGCGGCUGGGCAAGCGCCGCGUCCAGCCGGUGCCCGCGGCAUCGCACCCUGCUCUUGAGCCGCCAAACAGAGGCCCCAUCAGACACCGGGGUUUUAACUAUGAGAACGCGCCCGGGCUUGCCUUUUCUGCCCCCCAAGCCCGCCGAACGGCCGGCCUCAUGACGCCGGCCCACCCGCACCCGCGCAGCCCACGGGUUCAGCCCCGUUCUGCGCGCCCCGGCGCCCGCUUGGGGCAUUCGCCGCCUUUGGCCUGCUGGCCCCAGUUUGGGCGCGCUGGCACUUUUCGUACUGUCGUUUCUAUUUCCUGUGCGCUCGAUGCCGGAGUCCCACCAGCAGCAGCACAGAAGCACGUUCGCGCCAUCGCAGAACAUAGUUGUACAUAUCUUCACAACGAUCCGCUCUGUGACACCACCGAGAAGCGGCAGAGACCUUCCGACAGAGCCACCGCCGUCGGCGAGAGAGAAAGGUUUCGUGAUUUCCCCGCUGUGGGUUCAGGCGGCCGACAAAGACCGGUGGCGGCUAUCAAAAGGCAGGCUAUAGGCAAAGACCAGUUCCGAGGGGCGUUUAGUGUGAACGCUGCCAUUGAGAAAUGUGUUCUGAUUGCGGUGGUGUUGACGCGCUUCUGCGCUGCUGAGGCGGGCUUCAUCACGACUGCCACGGAACUCUACUACGCUGUGGAAUUGAAGAGGUCGGAGCACCGUACUGUUCGGCAGACGAGAUCCGUUGCUCACCAGAAGGGCGAGAUGGUGGUGAUGGAGAGGCGGUGGCCCGAAGGGAUGCCGUGCGACGAGAUGGCGUGCGAGGAUGCUAUAAAAUGGCGGAGAAGGAAUGCGCCUACCCCUGGCGGAGAGAAGAGCGCCUACCUGAGGCCCGCGUUCUGUUGCUGGCGCGCUCUGGCGCUGCGCGCCGCCGCUCCCCCUGGCCGCACGCUGUUUUGGGGAGACGGUCGGGGAUGGCACGAGGAGAGGCCCGCAGUGCAGACGGCGGGCCUCUUCGUGGGCUGGUGGGGUGGUGGGGCGGAGAGCGAGAGGUGGCUUGCCGGUGAGCGGGGUGACGGGGCUGACGGGGAUGAGGGGGUUGGGGCUGCUCGGGACGGUGGUGAGCGUCCUGGGAGGCAGGCGCGUGGGUUGGAGGCCGGUGCGGCGCGGCUGGCGGCGGGCGCCGUGGGCGUUCUCGUGGUGGGUGAGACGGGUGGCUUGGAGACGGCAGUGAAAGCCUUGGCCGUGAGGGCGGUGCUCCGCGGCCCCAUCGUCACCUCGAUCAUCUUGGUCGUGGCUUUGGUCGCGGCCGGCUUGUGCUUCUGGGGCGGGGCGGCGCCGAUGGCCACCAGCGUGGCCGAGGUGGAGCUGGGGCACGCGGUGGCGGACGGGGAAGAGGUCGGCGAGUUGGAUAACGGAGUCCACGCCGGCAUCCCACUCGCCUUCGCGGACGCCUCCAGCGCACUCUCUAUGAGCUGCAAGCACAGGAAGCAUAAUGCAGGUUUAAUUCAGCAAUGUGCACAUGGCUAUAAUUCUUGA